AACCUUACCUGUGUUUCCCCCCAUUUGUCGUGUGUUUGCUUAUUGCUGAAGAGAGCAUAUUAAGUUGGUUGAAUCUUGAGGUAUUUGCAUGAGGUAAAAUGGAGACUGAAGAGGAAUUAAUGAAAAACCACCGUAAAGAAAAGAAAGAACUACAAGCGAAAAUUCAAGGUAUGAAAAAUGCUAUACCAAAGAAUGACCGAAAAAGAAGAAAACAGCUGGCUGAAGAAAUAAACAAACUUGAGGCAGACUUGGACCACAGACAUGAAGAGGAUCUAAAGCAGUUUCAGCAGACUGUGAGAAAACAGACUGAGGAAGAUUCUGCUACAGAUGGAAUAGCACACAUAGAACUGAAAAAUGAAGAGGAGAGCAUUAAGCAGCCUCGAGUAACAAAAGCACAGAAAAGAAGAGAAAAGAAAGCUGCUCAAGAGAAAGAGAGGAGCUGUAGGAUAGCUGAAGCUGAAGUGGAGAAUUUAUCUGGAGCCCGACACUUGGAAAAUCUGAAAGUGGAACAGAUUUUGUUGGCAAGGCAGUUGCAAAUGAAACCUAUUCCAUCUGAUGGUCAUUGUAUGUACAGAGCAAUUGAAGAUCAGUUAAAAAGGCAAAACAGUUUACUGACUCUGACAGAUUUGCGAAUGCAGACUGCUGAAUACAUGAAAAACAAUGAGGAGGAGUUUCUACCAUUUCUAAUCAACCCUAACACAGGAAAUACAUACACACAUGAUGAAUACCAGAAGUACUGCAGUGAUAUAGCAAACACAGCUGCAUGGGGAGGUCAGCUUGAACUUCAAGCUCUCUCACACAUUUUGAAAGCCCCAAUUGAAGUACUUCAGGCAGAUUCUCGUCCACUUAUUUUAGGUGAAGACUACAAGAGUCAGCCUAUAACACUAGUCUAUAUGAGAUAUGCUUAUGGACUUGGAGAACAUUAUAAUUCUGUUGAAGCAUUAAGAACAACUCCUGAUACCACCACAUAGGAUUUUCCUGCAUAAUUCACCAUGAACUGACAUGACUGCAGUACCUAGUACUGAUUUUCAGGUGUUUAGAUUGCAAUGUUUUCAAGUUUUCUUUUGACAACUUGAAAGCACAUACUGACAUUAAAAAGGAUGUGCUAUCACAUGCAGAAAUAACUGAGCUAAGCUGAAGCGGCAUAAUAUUGUAUUAAAACAAAUUGUUGUUGUCAAGAAAAUCAGUUUUUGUGUAUAUUUUGAAGCUGAAGUGUGCACAUUUUAAUUAAGGCAUGUGUUUAGCUCUUGAUUUUUGGAACUUAAUUAUAUUAAUACAUUUGGCAUUAUUGUAUUCAUUUUGUUGGGCAUACUGUAUAGCUAAUUACUUCAGAAACUUCAAAUGUUUGAAGGUUCUUGGAGGAGCGAGCUUUGUACACAUCUGUCUACAGUGAACCCUGUUUUAAAAGUUCAUUUAAAAGAUUUCCAGCCCUGCAUCCCUGUAACUGUUUAUUACUUUAAGAAGACUGCAUGUGAUGUUAGAAUACAGUAUCUCCAAGUUAGUGGGCAUAGCUACUGGGGGUUAAGAUCUAGAGUGCCAUUUAGUUUGCUUCAUGUACUAACACUCAUCCUUUAGAUGAGAUUUUAAAAAUAGGUCCCAUCUGCUUGAGUCAGAUGUUAAAGAUCCCAUGGCACUUUUUGAAAGAGUAGGUGAAGUUUCUCAAUGCCCUGGCCAAAUUAACCCUGGCAGUAAAAAUACCACGUUGGGUCUUCCCUGUAAAGAGGCCAAUUGGCUAGUGAGACUAACCUGGUCAACAAAGGAUAAAUAAAUAAUACAAAAUGAAUGUUUAACUUAAUGUUCAGCCACUGCUUGAUGGUCAGUACAGUGUUUUGGUCAAGAUAAGUUGCUCACACUUCACUCGACUAAUCUGUUUUGAAUUCUGAUUCUGUCUGUUCAUUAUUAAACUGUGCUGGUUUUGUUUUGAUUUUAUCUGCUGAA